GUUUGAUUUCUUGAAAGUUUUUUUUAUCGCUUUCUACCGAACAUCGCAUUUGGAAUCUCAUUUUUCAGUUGUUUGAUGGUGACUCGGCGAGUCGGGUGGGCGAUUGAAUCGUCCGGGCAUCGGCGACAAGUUUGUUGAGGCGCCGGGUCUUCGUCUUCUCACAGGAAAGCCGUGCUGGACGCGUAGGUGCUGGUAUGGUGGCGCGGUAACGGUAACGGAGCAGCAGCGCAGCAGGAGCUUCGGCACCGCGGAAAGCUACUUGUUUCACGGAAAACAUACCGGCUGUUCUACCGUGUAGUCUUGGGAGCGAUUUACAGAGUGGGAGCAAGAUGGUGCUGUACUACUGGUGGCGAGAUCCCUCCGCGGAGGAGGUGCUGUGGCCGAUUUCAAUUAUGAACAUGCAUUGGUUUCUGAAGGGGACACAGCUGGGUAUGAUAGGGGGCUUCGCGGGUGGGCUGCUUGUUGGUAUAAUGAGUCAGUGCGUAUGUAUAGUUUAUUUGCUGCCUUUGCAUAGGACUCGAGCUUUACUCUUUCAGGAGCCUGUUUCGGUCGUAAUUACUAUGACCAUUUUCAGGUAUGAGCAAGCGUGGGUGCACUUACCAAAGCGUGAUGCACGACAUCACACGAUAUCUCAAGUUCGGUGCAAAGCUCGGUCUUCCCUACGCAGCUGUGCGCAACAUCACGGACAAUGUAUAUCGAUCUUUGUAGUUUUGCGUUCUCUACUUCUUGCGUAUGUGAUUGGAUGUGGUCACUAAGUAGGGAAACUAGCGGGGGCCGAAGUUUCUUCACAGACAUCGACUCGAGCAUGUUGAUUGGUGCCAAAAAAUAUUUUGGCAUUAUGUAAUCACAGGCGCAAGUAAAUCUUGACGUUUUGAAAGAGCGGGCCUUCGAUGUCGAAAAAUCAACAUGGCAUAAUCGCCUGGACGCGAUUAUGAUAGCUGGCGCCAUCGGGGGAAGGUAAAAUUAUUCUUUGUUCACUGCUCACGGAGUAAGUAUGUCAGUGCUCCUGCCACUGCCUUUCCACCUGGGUUCGACAGUCUUGACUGGCUCCACAUUUAUAUUUCCUGUCAAACCACCACAGAAUUUUCUUCAACGAGCCAAGGAUAUGGACGAACCUUCUCGGCAUGAGCAAGAGACAAGUGGUUCCGCACGCCGGCACCGUAUGGGGUGCUUUUGCCGGAGUCUGCUUUGACCUGCCCCUCUGUACUUGGGUUUGAUGAGUUGCCUUGUUGUUUUCAUCUUCUUCAAUGAUCUAAGUGUGUGAUCCACGAUUCCUUUCGGAAACCCGAGUCCAAACCUUUUGUAGAAAAAACGGAAACCUCACUCCAGGUAUCUUCUGGCCGGUGUAUGUGUCGCAGUCGGAGGAUGUGGAUGUGAUUGUGAAGCACGUCACAAACAAAGACUAAGCUAUGCUGCUUGUCUGCGCACCAGCAUUAAUUUUCCGUAACCAUGGCGUGGAGCUCCGCCGUGAAGAAAAAACAAACCGCCUUUUGUACUCCCCCCGCCCCUUUCUUGUAGAGUUUGAGUUCAAGUACGUACAGCGCAACAAUAUGGGAGUUCACAGCGAAAAAUCGCUCCUUGGGGAAAGCAGUUUACGUUCAUUGUUCAAUGUGCUCCAAGGAAAAAGAGAGGAGGAGCGCGUUUUUUGAGGACCCGUACCCGAUAUUGAAAUCGGUACAGCUGAAGGCCGAAACUUGCGG